GCCUCGCCUUCAUUCAUCGCUCUCCAUCAAAGCGCCUUGGGCGAAACACAGAGACACCAUACUAUCUCAGCGGCCUCUAGAAAUCAGCCAUGUUCCCAAGCAUCUUCCGUACCUUCACGCUCCUUUGUAUCUUCACGUCUCUUGUUACUGCAUCCCCUGCGCCUGCACCCGUCGCAGAGCCCAUUGAUGCAACCAUCGCGAACAUAAUCGCCACCAACGAGAACCUCGGGUGCUCAGGUCCCUCAGGCUGUAUCGCAGCACAGAACAGUAGCGCGGCCGCUGCGACUUUCGCAGCUUCGGGCGCAUCACACUCGAUGAGCGCUCCAGGAGUUGCCAGUGCCCUCGUAGCAGCAGCAGCCGUCGCAGGCGGCCUCUCAGCUGCGGGACUUCUGUGAAAGUUCCGUCAGCAUACAAUUAUUUUUAUGAAACUCACUGA